AUGAUAACAUCCCUGAAGUUUGCUUUGUAUCUGACAUGUUUUUGCUUGUGGAGAGUAGCUCCAACAACUACUCUUAAAUUGUCCUUGGCUGUGCGUCAAGAGAGUGGUUUUCGAUCAGUUAAUGUUGGCGACAGCGUGACAUUACGAUGUUUCUAUGAAGGAGAUGUCGCAGCUAUGUUUUACUGGUACAAACAAACUCUGGGACAGAAACCAACGAUGAUCUCUAACUUCUAUAAACAUGAUAAAAAUGGCACUUUUAUUGAUGAUUUAAAAAACGAUCCUCGCUUCAAACUUGAAACUAAAAAUGGCAAUAAUCACUUGACAAUCUCGGAUUUACGCGUUUCAGACUCCGCUACUUACUACUGCAUAGGCGGCUAUACAUACAAGUUUGAAUUUGCAGAAGGCACCACUGUCGAAGUAAAGGGUUCAGGCUUCCCUGUCUUGGUGCAUCAGUCAGCAUCAGAGACGAUCAAGCCAGGAGGCUCUGUGACUCUGAACUGUACAGUCCACACUGGGACCUGUGAUGGAGAACACAGUGUUUACUGGUUCAAGAACUCUGAGAAAUCUUAUCCAGGACUCAUUUACACCCAUGGAGGCAGGAAUGAUCAGUGUGAGAGGAACACACAAACCUGUGUCUACAACCUGCCAAUGGAGAGCCUGAAUCAGUCUCAUGCUGGGACCUACUACUGUGCUGUUGUCUCAUGUGGACACAUACUGUUUGGAAACGAGACCAAGCUGGACUUUGAGGAUGACGUGGACUCCCCUGACUCUCUUGUGUAUUUUCUGAGUGGAGCUUUGGUUUUCACCACCAUGCUGAUUAUCUUACUGACUUUCUCCAUGUACAAGAUGAACAGGAGAAACUGUCAAUGUACAGAGUGUCCAAGAGUUUCUGCUUCAACCACAACAAAUACACAGGAUCACCAAGUUGCAGACAACCUCCAUUAUGCUGCUUUACAGGAUCUCAGGGCCAACAGGUCCAGAAAACAGAGAGACAACACUGACAGUGAAUGUGUGUACUCCGGUGUAAAGCAGUAGAGCCAGACUUUGUUCAUUGUGUCACCAGAAGUGAUAUUUUAGUCAUCUUGAUGUAGCUUU